AUGCGGGGGCGUGCUGCCUCGCUGCGCGCCAUGCCGAUGACGUUCGUGCGGCCUCCGUGUGUGCGUGGUAUGGCGUCGCGCUCGCGCCCUUCGGCUGGGCGCCGUGUGGCCUCCGGUGCCGUGACAGCCGCGGCCGUCCUCGCCGGUGCUGCGUUCGCCGUGUACUGCCUCGAUUCGCGCGCGGGCGUGCACCGCUGGAUCUUCCCCAAGGCGAUGGAGCUGCUGACGGACCCUGAGACAGGCGCCAAGUUCUCGAUUGGCGUCCUGGAGCACGGCCUCGCGCCGCGCGACUGUGUCGCCGACGACGAAGUGCUGCGCACGGAGCUGUUUGGCCGCACGCUCACCAACCCGAUCGGUCUCGCGGCCGGCUUCGACAAGCAGGCGCAGGCCGUCGAUGGCCUGUUUGACCUCGGCUUCGGCAUCGUGGAGAUCGGCAGCGUGACGCCCGAGCCGCAGCCCGGCCAGCCCAAGCCGCGCAUGUUCCGCCUGCCGCUCGACCAUGCGGUGAUCAAUCGCAUGGGCUUCAACUCGGAAGGCCACGAGGCGGUGCGUGAGCGCCUCGACGCGCGCAUGCAGCGCUGGGUGCAGCGCGUGCUCGGCGCUGGCCAGGGCCUCAUCUCGAACCUCGGCACGGAGGAGGCGGAGGAGGCGCCUGCGAAGCUGCGUGCAGCGCAGCUGCUCGCUGGCUACCCUGUGUUGGACGUGUCGAUGCUGGACGCAGCUGGCGUGCCGCGCAGCCUGAAGGAGGACCGUCUGCUAAGCGUGAACCUUGGCAAGAACAAGACGUCGCGCGAGGACUCGCCCGCGGACUAUGUCGAAGGCGUGCGGCGCCUCGGUCCGUAUGCGGACAUGCUUGUCAUCAACGUGAGCAGCCCCAACACGCCGGGCCUGCGCCGCCUGCAGCGCCGCAGCGUGCUGGAGGGCCUUUUGCGCGACGUGGUCGCAGCGCGCAACGACGUUGCGCAGCACCGCCCGACAACCCUGCCGCUUCUCGUCAAGGUGGCGCCGGAUCUGAGUGAUGCGGAACUCGAGGACAUUGCGGACGCAGCCGAAGCGUCUCACAUUGACGGCGUGAUUGUGAGCAACACGACUGUGUCGCGCCCCACGGGUCUCCUCUCGCGCAAGCAUGUAGAGGAGGUGGGUGGCCUGUCCGGCCCGCCGCUCAAGCCGCUCGCGCUGCAUGCGCUCGAGGUCAUGUACCGCCGCAGCGGCGGGCGCCUUACGCUGAUCGGAAGCGGCGGCAUUGCGAGCGCCGCCGAUGCGCUUGACUUUGCGCGUGCAGGCGCCAGUGCUGUGCAGCUGUACACGGCGCUUGCGUACCACGGCCCUGGCCUACCGCGGCGCAUCAAGGACGACCUGGUGGCCACGCUGCGUGCGCAGAACACGACGUGGUCGCAAAUCGUCGGCACGGGCCUGGCUGAGGUGCCGGCGUACGCGCCGGAUGCGCAGCGCGUGGGGCUGUACCCCGGCGCGCCGGAUGCGCUGGAGCGCAGCGUCGCCAGUGUGCGCCACGAACUCGAGCAGCUGCGCGAGACGCUCGGCGUACAGACGCACGGUGAGGAGCGCCGAGCGCUGCCAUUCGCCUUGCACAAAGGCGACGAGGACUAUGCUACCCUGCUGGACGAGGCACACGCGGCCCUCGACGGCGAGGCGCACUGGGCGGCGACCGAGACGCCCCAUGCGGGCGUGCUCCCUGCGCACGACUCGGCUGUUCCGGCGGAUCUGCUAGCGUUUGCGCAGGAGCGCGGCUCGACGCAGGGCGAAGCGCUGCACGAGGCUGUGCAGCAGGCUGUCGAGGUGCCGCAGGCCGCGCCGGGUGUGCAAGAUAGUGGCAAGCCGGACGAGACGCUCGGCGGCCUGGAGGCGCAGCGCGCAGCGCCUCUUCCGGCCGCGGAGCCGACGCGGGUCGUGUAG